AUGAAGUUCACCGGACUUAUUGCCUCUCUUGCUGCUGUCAGCGCUGCCUCCGCCGCUGCUAUUCCUACCGCUUCUCUCCAGCCCACCUUGAACCAGCUUAACGGUGUUCUUGGAAACAUCGACGGUCUCCUUGGUGGUGCCCUCGGCGGUGCGGGCGUUUCUGACCUCGUUCAGGUUCAGGAUGCUCUCAAGCAGAUCAAGGGCGAGCUGAACCAGCUCACUAGCACCGUCUGCCAGCGCAGCGUUGUUGGCAAUGAGGUCGACACCGUUAACAAUGUUGUUUCGCCUUUGACUUCCACCGUUAACGGUGCCGUCCAGCCUGUGGUUGGCACCGUCAACUCAGCUGUCGGCACCGUUGACGGUGCUGUUGGCAACGCCCUUCCCGGCACUACCGGUGUCCUUGGUGCUAAGCGCCAGGUUGGACAGCUCACUGGUGUUGCGACGAGCCUGGUCAGCCAGGUUAAGGAGGAAACCCUCGACGCUGCUGGUGUCGAGCACAUCCUCGACCUCGUCCAGGCCAACAACCUCCCUCUGGUCAGCAACAUUCUUGGUCUUCUGUAA